CGAACGGUUCAUUCCGUUAAACAACGCUUUACUAUCAAGUUCAUCUUGUCAAUUUUCAUUCCGGUGUUAUCAAUAGACAAUUAGUUGAGUAACAGCAUUAACAUGAUAACCUCUCAAUUACAACCUGCUACUACCUGGCUGCAGUGGGCCAGAGAACAGGGCUCCUUUUGGGAGAUCGUGUCCCGUCAGGGAAACAUCAGUAUUCCGUUUGGCCCGCGAGCGAUGCAAAAACAGGACGCCGGUGUGGAAAGUGAAGUCGUGUCACUCGAAACGAUGAUCUCUUCAGUACAUCUAGGAAUACUAACCGGAGUUCUACUAAUACUGUUCCUAAGUCACAAGCUAACUCGAAUGAAGGAAGAACUUGCCGGAUCAAAAACCUUCAACUGGAUCAAGUGUCUGAAAUUUUCGGAUGUGCGAAGGUUUUCCUUCGUUUUGAUGAUGUUCUUCGAGUUCGUGCUACUUUCACCUUUGUUCAUUCUUAUUUACUUCGGAUUUAAGUGUUAUCGGUCGAUAGUAGCGUUGAUUCUACGACGGCGUUACGGGACACACUUCAAAGGUCUUUUAGACGGAGCUGAUGUAGUGUGGGCUAUCGAAAGGGACAACUCACGGGGCAUGAUCAAUAUCAUGGCCUAUGUGGAGGAACCUGUCCAAAAACUAGAACAUAAAGAACAUCCGACCAGUGCAGAAUUGCUUCUGGUUUUGAGGAAGCGUAUUUCUGCUAGAUUACUAGGAAGCUAUCAACCACAUCCGAAAAUGUUCUGGAAACGAAACCUAGAACUGGGAUACCACUACUGGAGCGAUCAGUCAGAGUUGACCGUUGAGGACUACAUACGCUAUCUGGAGUAUAUCCCACUGGAUAAGGGCGAACAGUUUAUCGACAGCAACAAACUGCGCAGUUUGUUAAGCAAAAUCAAUAAUCGUGACUUGCCAGGAAAUCACACCUCGUCAUGGGAAAUUCUCGUUGGCAGACAGCCGUUACUAGAUAGUAGACGAAAAAUUCUUAGAUUUCCGAUCAUUUUUCGAGUUCAUCAUUCUCUGGGUGAUGGAGUAGCCUUGCUACGAUUAUUGUUGGAAUCGAUUGUCGAUAAAGAGGUUCCAUCGAGAUGGAAACGACUGUCUAGUUUCAAAGUGAUGAACAUCGAGUACAUUCUCAACGAACAUACACUUCAAUCUAUGCCGAAGAAAAGUGUAAUCAGCAAACUCCUACAGAAAGUUCCUUCCCCGCAGGAAUUGUAUGAGUGGAAACGUAAAAAUUUGCGUCUGCUUUGGACCAUUUUCACGGCACCAGCAUUUUUUCAUGAAGUGUCCCAUCGGGCGGUUGAUGAUAAUUGUAUUCAUACUAGUGAACUAUUGAACCAGAAAGUCGUUAGCUGGAUUCAUGAAGAGGAAACCAGUGAUACGCACUGGAUCGAAGUGAUCAAACGUACCAAACAGAUGGUCCCUGGGGCCAGAUUCUCCGAUGCUUUCUUGACAGCUCUGUCCAGUAGCUUACAGAGGUAUUUUGAGCGAAGCAGCAAGCAAAUGCCAAAAAAUAUCACAGUUGUGCUUCCUAUUAGAAUUGAAAGAGAAUCACCACAACUGAAGCUGCAUAAUCGGUUCUCUGUUGCCCUCCAGACGUUACCAAUUGUUCCUGGUAUCGACUUGGAUGAUCCGAACCGUCUACAGAACCUGCUCAGUCGUUUGACUCAGAUAAAACAACAUUCGGAUAAUCUUCGAUCUUCACCAGACUAUUUGAUCAACUACUGGAUCAUGUCUUCGGUGGCCUGUCUAUUUCCCGAUUCGCUCUUGCGAAAGAUUCUAACUAGCGCGCACAGUACAUUGGCCAUUUCGAAUCUUCCGGGACCGCAGCAAAAGCCUCGAAUCAAUGGACACGAGCUGAAAAAUCUCAGCUUCUGGAUUCCCAACAUCGGACAAACCGCAGUCGGACUGACGCUGUUAACCUACGGGGGCAAGCUGCAGCUGGGCAUACUGGCUGACCGAGCGGUGAUUCGGACCGAGGAGGAAGCACACACCAUUCUGCUGGAAACGAUUAACGAAAUCGAGCGAAUGGCAACCAUGCUGGAGGAUUUGUGAGUGUCGGAUCGAAUGUAAUCAAAAUUGAAGCCUAAAAUAAACUGUUUCAAGGCAUGACUUUCUUAUGGCUUCAACUCA